CCCUAAACCAGACUGCAAAAAGCAGUUUUCCCUGGGCUACAUUUAGACAAUCCUAUAAGCUUUCUAUUGACAGUUUAUACUUUCCUCUUGGUGCGCAUCAGCUGUUGGGGAAAAAAGCUGUUUGGCUAGUCCAAAUGGAUGCAAUUUUGAACUGCAAUCUGGAUGAUAUGGAAGAUUAUUACAUCUUGCUAGGAUGUGAUGAACUAUCCACGGUUGAACAAAUUCUUGCAGAGUUUAAGGUUAAAGCCCUUGAGUGUCACCCUGACAAACAUCCUGGAAACCCUAAAGCUGUGGAGAAUUUUCAGAAGCUGCAGCAGGCUAAAGAGAUACUUACUAACGAAGAAAGUCGAGCUUGUUAUGAUUACUGGCGACAAAGCAAAAUUACCAUUCCAUUCCAGCAGUGGGAGGCUCUGAGCAACUCCAUAAAAACGGUUGGUUUUUGUUUACCUAAAUUUCCUGGGUAUACAUUAGCAUUAGGAGAUUAG